AUGGAAAGUGGAAAUUGUUCAACAUUAAGUCAAUUCUUUCUCUUGGGAAUCACCAAUAACACUCAAACAAAAGUGGUUCUAUUUCCUGCAUUUCUAGUAGUUUAUCUCAUUAUUCUCCUUGCAAAUCUUGGAAUGAUCAUUUUAAUUAGAGUGGAUUCCCAGCUUCACACUCCAAUGUACAUUUUCCUGAGCCACCUCUCAUUCUCUGACCUCUGCUAUUCCACAGCAGUUGGACCCAAGAUGCUGGUGGACCUUUUAGCCGAGAAGAAAUCAAUUCCCUUUCUUGGCUGUGCUCUGCAGUUCUUCAUCUUUUGUACCUUUACAGACGCUGAGUGCAUGCUGCUUGCAGUGAUGGCCUUUGACAGGUACAAAGCCAUCAGCAGGCCCUUGAGCUAUGCACUAGACAUGUCCAGCAGGGUGCGCUCCCAACUGCUGGCUGGAGUUUACCUUGUGGGACUGGCAGAUGCUUUGAUACACACAACACUAACAUUCCGCUUAUGUUUCUGUGGGUCUAAGGAGAUUAAUCAUUUCUUCUGUGACGUCCCUCCUCUCCUGUUACUGUCUUGCUCUGACACACAGGUCAAUGAGUUAGUGAUAUUCACCAUCUUUGGUUUCAUUGAACUGAGUACCAUUUCUGGAGUCCUUGUCUCUUAUGGCUACAUCAUCUCAUCUGUCUUAAAGAUCCGCUCUGCUGAGGGGAGGCUUAAGGCUUUCUCCACCUGUGCCUCCCACUUAACUGUAGUUGUAAUUUUUCAGGGCACUAUGCUCUUCAUGUAUUUCCGACCAAGUUCUGCCUACUCUCUGGAUCAAGAUAAAAUGAGCUCACUGUUCUACACCCUUGUGAUUCCCAUGUUGAAUCCUCUGAUUUAUAGCCUGCGGAACAAAGAUGUGAAAGUGAGCAUAAAAAAGCUGAAAAAUAAAAUUUUAUUUUAA